AUGGGGUACCGGGUGGUGGGGGGUGCGAGCUCCCUCCAGUCGCCAAUCUUCCAGUCCUUCCCACCCUUCCCCUCUUCGUCUUCGUCUUCUUCUUCUUCUUCUUCUUCUUCUUUGUCUCCUUGCUGUCGGCCCGGUCUGGGGUCUUCACACAGAAAAGCGGCCCGCUGGAAGGCGUCGGCGGUGGCAUCCGUGAGGGCGGAGGAUGCUCGAGACCCCGGUGGGAACAGGCGGAGGGCCCUGCUUCUGGUGGGCCUCUCUGCAAUCCCGUUCCUGCAGCUCCCAGCCGUGGCCGCCGUCGACGGCCUGGAGAAAGGUUAGUUUGAUUCGAUUCUCGGCUUUAAUCUCUCGAAAAUUCUUCCGCCGUCGACCAGGAUUUCUCUGUUCGUGACUGUUCUCCCCGCCCUCAACUCGAGGCGCGAUCAUCUCCCUCAACCUUUUUCAUUGAAUAUUUGUUCGUCAAAUCCCUUUUUCAUCUAGGAAAUAUAGAAAACGGGCCAUGAUCAUACCACGAGCUCUGAAAUCACAGUACUUCACUAGGCCCUUCACAACCGAAGAGACUGACGGGAUGUGCGCUGAAGUGUUCUUCAACUUCCUUUUUCGUUUAUAUUUUUUUUGUGAAAACAUUAAUAUUAUGGGGUCUCCGGUAGUCUCAAAUCGUCAAAUCCAUCAUAUUAUAUUGUUCUUCUCUCGGAAACAUAGCUUCUAUUGCAACAAUCUUCGAUCUACUGAUUAUUUAGACCUGGGUAGAGCUCUGAUUACUGGAUUAUUCCUUCAAGAACACCUUGAAGCUGGAACAGCGCCUGAAGAAAGGGAGGUUUCUUAUGCUCCUCCAAAGGGGUUUCGGCUUCUGAAAAAUAUGGGUUGCUGAUAAACGUAGCAAGCGCCAAAUUCUCUCCUUUUUUUUAACUAAUUUCAAUCUCUAAUUACCCUGUUAUUUGUUUUCUAGUCUGCGAUCCCUACUUCUGGAGCUAACUAUUAACCACAUUAUCCACAGGUAGAUUUAUCCACAAAAAAACAAGUGAUUGGCUAUCUAAAUAUCAAGACUGAUAGACUUUACCCCUUAAUCAGGCAGUUUCCUUGAUUACCCAGUGAAACCUUAAAAUCGCCAAAAAUAGAAAUUAAAAAAAAAAACCUUUCAAUAAUACCAGCCAUGCCCAAGAGCAUGAUCUAGAAGCAUAGUUCACUGGUGAGCUCCAAGAUCCCAUGAAACCAGUUUUUUUAAUAGCCCCCUCCCUGUAUUUGGGUCUUGAUAUUCAUGAGAUCCCCUUCCAGUUCAUAUUCUCCGAUGCAUCUGUGGAGUUGACUUGGUGUAAUCGUUCCCAACAGCUGUUUUUCAUCACAUUCCGUCUCUGAUUUCAGAAAAGGAGGACUCUGGAGCAAGGGCGGCGCAAGGUGCACAGGUGAAUUCACAUCUGUCUGAGACUCCCACCAUUUCGUCUCCGAUUUCAUCAUGUUCCCAGUGUUCUGAUGUGGAUCAGCUUCCUGGCAGGCUCCAGAGGGCGGCGGCUCCUCCGUGAUGUCCUUCCUGAGUGAGAUUGGGAUCGUUGGCUCAGGUGUGCUAGGCGCCUUGUACGCCAUCUCCAAGAAGGAGAAGUCAGAAAUGGAACUAGCCAUCGCAUCUGUACGUUUCCUCUCUCUCUCUCUCUCUCUCACACACACACACACAUCCCCCACUUGAUCAUUAAUUCCAUCUUGAUGGUUGCAGAUGAAUACCACCCUGAGUGAGAAGGAAGCAGCGAAUGUGUCCCUGGAAGUCAACUUCAAGAGGAGACUAGAGAGAGAGCAGGAGGAGCACCGGAAGCAGAUGGGAAAGCUGAAGGAAGCGGAGGCCUUCCUGUCUCAGCAGCUGGCCUCAGCAAAGGGCACCGUGGCGGCCAUCGGGGUGGAGCUGAAGAACGAGAAAAGACUGGCUGAAGAUCUCAGAUCGCAGAUUGACCAGCUGCGCAGCAGCCUGGCUCAGGCCCGUGAAGAAAAAGAGGCACUAGAAGCAAAACAUAAGAAGAACCUGGAUGUGAUUGUGGGCCUGGAGGACCGAGUGAGCUUGCUAACCAUGGAGAUCAAGGACAAGGAAGGGACCGUAGAGACUCUCAGAUCCACCCUGUCCGGAAGAGAAUCGGAGAUCAAGAACCUGGCAUCUGCUGUGGAGCAGAGCAAACUAGACCUCGAGGAGGCGGUUUCUGCCCUGACCCAGCUGAAGGCUGAGCAGCUCAAGGCCAAGGAGGAACUGGACUCGAACAGGUCCCAGACUGAUGAGCUGACGGCGAAGAUAGAUUCGUUGCUUGCAGAGAGGGAUGAUGCUGUCGGAAAGUAUCAGACUCUUCAGGGAGAAUUCGACCGUUGGAAGUUAGAUUUCGAGAACAAGCUGGCCUCUAACUCUGAGCUAUUGUCGACGAAAGAUCAGGAACUCCUGCGGCUGGAGGAAAAUCUUGGAGCUGCGUUGACUGAGGCAAAAAGCAGCUGGGUGCUGAUCACCAACCUGACCGAUGAGAGGGACAGUUUGAAGGGUACGCUGGAGGAGGAAUCCAGCAACCUGAAGAUCCUAAGGGACGAGCUUCAGGUCGCUCAACAGACCCUGGGAGAUUCCAAGCGGGAGGCUUCUGAUCUCUUGAAGCAGCUUCAGGAGUCCAACCGAGUCAACGAGGAGCUCGCCUCUGAGAUAUCUAGGAUUAAGAGCGAGUCCUUGGAAGCACAGACGCUGCUGAAUGCCAGCCUCGGCGAGGCAAGAUCCGCCUCGAAGGUACUAUCCGAUGAACUCGUAUCCAUCAAGAGAGACUUGAAGAAGGCCCAGGAAGAUCUCGACGCCAGAUCCGGUGAACUGAGAGCGGCGAUCAAAGCCCGUGACGGGCUAGAGAAGGAGCUGGCGGAGGCCUCCGUGAGGGCGGAAUCCACUGAGCUUGAGCUGAAAAGAGAGAGGGAGAUUGUCGCUGCUCUCAGCAGAGAACUGGAGGCAUCUGCGCAGCAAAGGGAGGAGCUUUCUGAGGCAAGAAGAGCGAUCGAGAGUGAUCUCGGGGAGGCUACGAAGUCGCUCGACGAGGUGAAGAAGAAGUUGCUAUCAUUGUCCAAGGAGCUCGAGGAUGGCAACUCUCUGAACGCCACCCUCCGGGCAGAGAAGGAGAUGCUGUAUGAGUCUCUUCUCGGGCAUAAGAACGCCGCGAGGGAAGCACAAGAGAACAUAGAGGAUGCCCAAAAUGUCAUCACAAGGCUCGGAGGAGAGAGAGAGAAACUGGAGAAGAAGGUCAAGAAGUUUGAGGAGGAAUUAGCUGCUUCAAAAGGGGAGAUCCUAAGGCUGAGGCGGCAAGUCAGUCUUGAGAAAGAAUCUGUUGGUGAGCAAGACAAGAAGGCCCAUGAAGCAGAACCAGCCGGAGCAUCUAGCAUGCCUAAGAGAAGCACAAGUAGGAGGAGGAAAGCUGGAUCUGCCCCUCGGGCUUCCCAACCAGAGACCUGA